AUGUUUUUAUUAGUUAUUCUUGGAUUAUUAUGUUGUUCAUCAAAUUUAGUAUGGAGUGCAACACCAUUUAAAGAUUGUGGAUCACCAUCUGGUACAAUUCAAUUAUUUGAAGUAACUGAUUGUACAACAGUUCCAUGUAAAUUCAUUAAAGGUCAUACAUAUUCUAUGAAUUUAACAGUUCAAGCAAAAGCACCAUCAGCUACUGCUACCGUUGCUUUACAUGGUAUAAUUGGUGGUAUUCCAGUUCCAUUUCCAAUAGGUGAACCAAAUGCUUGUAAACUCGGUGCUAAAUGUCCAAUUGCUUCAGGUGAUGCUAAUGUAGUCUCAUUUUCAUUACCAGUAUUAUCUUCAUAUCCAGCAAUUUCACUUUAUGUGAAAAUUGAACUGGUUGCUGAUGAUCAAAAGAAUGACUAUGCUUGUUUACAAUUCCCAGCAACCAUCACAUCAUAA